AUGUACGCAAUUCUCUCAGGUCUAAUUGCAGCUGCCUCUCUAGCAACCGCCAGUCCCAUCUUCCUGAACACUCGGGAAGAUGGUAGCUGCUCCGAUGUAUCCUUCAAAGGUCUCGAGUGGACGGUCGAGGACUUCGACUACCAUGCGUCAUACAUCUUCACCACCCCUGCUCACCAAAACUCAUGGGGAUAUGUGAACUUCAACCUCUCAAACCCCGCAUUCCCAUAUCUGGCUUCGUGUAGCGCAACGAGUAAUCAGUUAUCAGACUUCUUCUACGGCACAAUGUGGUACAAUUGCACACUGCCAGAAGAGGCACCGUACGGUGGCGAAGCCACCUUCGCCUUCAGCAGACCCUCUGGAAAGCUUGAUAUCAAUCAGACGUGGACAUGUGAUGAUCCGGAUCCGCAGUACCCUAUUACCUUCCACGCAGCUGGUACUGUCAACCUGACCCUCGAAUGUACCGACACAACGUGGCAGAACCCCAAUUGGACAAUUGGCCAGAUCUACUCGGACAGAGAGGUCAAGUGUGCGCCGGUAACUGUUCCUGUCAAGCCUUAUGAAAUGACAGCAGUCGCAUAG